CUCUCGUUGAUUGCUUUAUAUUGUUGCCUGUUUCUGUUAAGAUGCUUCAUCUAUAUGGAAUCUACCAAAAACAAGUAGAUUUAAGGAGCUCCAUUACCAUGGCAGUCAAAAGGUUAUGUAGGAAACACGUCCUAAACUUCCGGUUCCCAUGACAACGAUAAUCCUUUAGCAGCCUUAAGUAAUCACUGUUAACAAAGCGAUUGUCAAGGUACGAUAGCUAAGUAUACCGUACAAAAGGAAAGGUGUUGGAAUAAGUUAGCUUUAGUAGAAAAAAUAAUGCAUCUGUGUGAAUCACAUUUUGACUGUGGCCCAAGGUGUUCGGUGAGCCUCUGUAGGCGGCACAAGUCUUAAUCGUUAGGACAAAAAACAGCACCCUUAUUAGUUUUCAUAAGCUGAUAUCUACUGGGGACGACGAUUUACUAAACACUGUGUAUAAGUGUUAUAGAAUUGACUGUUUGUUCUAGCACAGCAAGAACGUGCCAAGUAAUGGCGAAAGCUCGCAGCUCCGUUAUUCUCCCUAAACUCGAACUCAAGGGCGUAAAGGACCAAAAGACCAAGAAAGAAAUCGAAAGGCAGCAAGAAUUACUGGCCGCUGACGUAGAUAGAAAAUCCCUUCGCGGAAAUGUGACAGCCGAAGAUUGGCGGUACACAAAGCGUAAUGAGGAACUGGCCAAAAACGAGAAGAGACACAAAUUCGAGAUAAAUACGGAAAAAACAGCGCUUCUAAAAGACUUGAAAAAGGUACGUAGCAGUUAUACAGGCCACUAUGAUGAUAGUAAAUCACCCAUUGAGAAUAUCCAGCAAGCUUUGAAAACAAGAGCUAUGACGCCAGCUAGAAGCUCAAGACUUGCGGUGCCACAAUCCGCGAUAAGGCGCAGUACGUCUCAGGAGAAUCUACGGACAACGCCACGACUGAGGAGUUCUCAUUUUCGCCAACACAUAGAGACAAAGUACAAGUUGUACUUGGAAAAACCAUCCCUACGUAGACCCGAGACAGUGCACUCCAUGCGACCAUUCAAACAAUCUUCCGAUGCCACUAAGCCGAAGAUAAGAGACGGUGAAGAAAAGAGGCCCGUAAACAAAAUAUAAAUUCUCGUCAGAGCAAGUGGCGGAGAAGUGGAGGAUGAGAAAAGAGGAGUCAAAGGGUUUUCUUUGCAUGAGUUUAAGUCGAUUAGAGGAGUCAAAGGGUUUUUAAAUUUACAUUUGCUAGUCAGAUGGGGACACUUGGUUAAAGAAAGUGAAAAAUUGGAAAUUAAGGGGAUUAAUAAAUCAUUUUUCUAAUCCCGAAAGGAAGAGCGUUUUAUAUUUGAUUAAAUUGUUAAAGCUCAUUAAUGCAAAAGUAUUGAAUUAUGCCAAUAACUGAAAGGUUGACUUGACAGUUGCAACAACAUCGGUUUUCUUGGGAGGUCCGGAGUAUGGAAAAGCUUUUAUAAACGUGACUUCUAAACGAGGACACACGAAUGACGUUAAUAAUUCUUACUUAUUUGUCAUUUUGUCAUAUUUGGUGCUCCAAUUUACUGAGAAUUGUGUUGACAUCAAUUUUGAUUUAAUGUUUAGUUUUUUAAUCGUAUUUUUAAAGUGACCUAUAUGGCGCUAUUCCAUGUCGUUAUGGAAAUCAAUGACAUUUAAGUUGAAUGCACAGUUGUUAUUAUUAAUAAGACUUUGUGUAGUGAUGAAAGCUUGUAAUCAAAGUAAGCUAACAUAAGUAGGCCCCAAUUAAAUCACAGGGAGCCCAAUCAAAUCAGCGCAUUGUUUAUUUAGCAUGUGCGUUGGACUUCGUUUAUGAAUAUCAAUUAGGUCACGAAGUUCUCAAUAAAACUCCUUCCAAAUA